CCACCACAAAAUCGAUUGUUUUCUUGUUUGACAGCCAGUGCGCAGCUGGCAACACGGUUGGUGUCUGAAACCAAAACAAACAAAAAAAUCGCCAGCUCGGAAAACAGGAUGGAAAAACCUGCGAAAAACUACCGGCACCGCUUGGAUAAGGAUUUAAUAUGCAUAGAAUACCCAGGAGCUGUUACGAAUACCGAUCGCAUGAUUCACUCGCUUGGUGGAUUGCGAGAAAUCAGUACCACUUUCUCCCAAAGACAACGCCGGAUUGAGGUGCGCUUCCGGCCGGAUUGUUUGUUCGCUAAACCAGCGUAUGGGGAAGGAACGGACAUUACCGGAAUGGCACUCAAGGUUGUGGUACGCAGGAAAAAAUCGAACCCGGAAGAGGCCGUCGUAAAAUCGACCAAGAUCAUUGGAUGCGUUCGUCGGAUUUACAAGUUUUCCGCCAUGUGCGACUUCCAGCAGUUGCCAGUAUUCCACAACACCAAGACCGACCGGGUGGAGUGCUUGUACGAUGAGAUUGUCCCUAACGUGAUGAGCACUACAAAUCCACUCGAGCUUCCCGAGGUGCCGUUCUUUCUGCCUCCCGCCUGUUUCAGUCGCUCAGAAACGGUGAAUUCGAAUAUGCUCCGGCAGAAGAAACCCACCGAUUCCGAUGCCACCCAGGGGCGCAAACAGCGACCCUUGAAACAAAAGUAUGGCAUUUACCAUCCGUUCACUCUGGCCGACCCAAUACCGUCGGAAUCGAACAAAAUGUACCAGGAGAUGCUCGCCACUCGUAUGAUCCCGAAGAAGUGCAUCGAAGACAUUAAAGCGGCUUUCGAUGCGCGGCCGAUAUGGACCAAGAAUGCGCUGAGGAGCAUUAACCGGUUCAAUAUGACAAACGAGACGAUCAGUACCAUACUGCCGUCUGUCGGAUUUUACUACGUCAACGGCCCUUGGCGUGGCACCUGGGUACGGUACGGGUACGAUCCUCGGAAGCAUUUCGAAGCUAGAAUGUAUCAGCUGCUUGAUUUCCGCGUCCGAUCGAUCGAUGCGCUGCAUGAGUCGAUCGGUGUUAAACGACGGGUGACGGGCAAGCGGAACUAUCGCAUCGGUGGAACAACGAAAACUGCGUCCAACAAAGACGGACCACGUCACUCGUAUAGCAUCUUCACGGAAGACACUAUACCACAGUAUCGCAUUAUAUUCUACCAGUACUGUGAUAUCCAUUUGAAGAAAAUCAAGGAAAUGCUGAACAAAGUGCCCUCUCCCAUGAGCGGGACGGUGUGUGACGAACGCAAUGGUUGGCUACCGAACCGUUUUGAUGACCAGUGUCGCAACAUACUGAUGGAAGUCGUGCUGAACAAUAUUCGAAACUUGCGAAAAUCGAAUCCGGAGGAGUAUGAGGAGAUGGAAUCCGGAUCCGAAGAAGGCGAAGGUAUGCUGGAAGACGAAUUCGACGAGGAUGAUGAAGAACCAGUCUCAGAUGAAGGUUCGGUAUCGGAAGAUGAGCUCAUGUAGGUUUAAUAAACGUAUUAGAUGCGAUCAGACAGUUGAACAAUAUGUUGUGGACAGCAUCUUAAUUAAUGACCUCUGAUCGAUGACAUUACUAUCAUCAACACCAUCAACUAUGUCAUUAUCAAGUAUAUACAGUAAUAAAUCCACACACAAAAAAUGGUACUACAGAAAUGUGACACAAAUUCAUUAUUAAUCCCCUACACGAUCGUCCCAAGCAUCGAGCGGACCCAUUUUGCCAUGAACUGUAUAGUCUAGCUUCUUUCUUUGUGUCCGACUUGUCUUGCUGGCCAAAUGCAAGAAGUUUUUUAGCUUAAUUAUUCACCGCGAGAAAAGAGACACGUGGCGCUGAGGACCCGGGUUCAGGAUACGAA